CACUUCAAUAUCGUUUUGAUACAACUGUUCAACGUCUGCAAACGACGGACACUGGUUCAAAUGGAGAAAUCCAAAAAUUUCCGCAUCGAUGCGCUUCUGGCUGUUGACCCGCCGAAGGUGCAGACAUCUCCGCUUGCGCUUGUGACUUCUUUAUCGUCCUCUUCCAUUUCAUCGUCCGGAAGUGUACCAAACUCAGAAUUGAAUGCCGACUCUUUACGGAAUGAGACGCCGUCUCCACCUAGGAUUUCCCCUUCUGGUUUGAUUCCUAAACCAGGCUUCUUGAACAGUCCCCACAGUAUGCUUGGAUUACAUCCACAGAGCAGCGCAGGAAUCCCUCCCCAGGCUCUCUACGGCCACCCCAUGUAUACCUACUCCCUCGGGCAGCACCCUGCCUUGUCCUACUCAUACCCGCAUGGGUCCCAUCACCACCAUCCAUGCAGCGACUCCCUCAAACUCUCGGCCGGGACGUUUCAGCUCGACCACUGGCUGCGAGUCUCCACAGCGGGAAUGAUGCUACCCAAAAUGCCCGAUUUUAAUUGUGAGUAUUCUCAGGCCCAGUCAAACUUGCUUGGAAAGUGCAGAAGACCAAGGACUGCAUUUACAAGUCAGCAGCUACUGGAGCUCGAGCAUCAAUUCAAACUGAAUAAGUAUCUGUCGCGACCAAAGCGCUUUGAGGUGGCUACAUCCUUGAUGCUGACGGAAACGCAGGUGAAAAUUUGGUUUCAGAACAGGCGAAUGAAGUGGAAACGGAGCAAGAAGGCCAAAGAGCAAGCCGCACAGGAGGCUGAGAAUAAGAAAAGCAACAAAAACGGACAGGAGAAAUCGGACGGACAGGAACAAACGGAUUAUCAAAAGACGAGUUCUGCCAAAAGUAACAGAAUAAGAGACUUCAGGGACAGUGACGAUGAUGAAGGUGACAACUUCCUGUACAACUCCUCGGAUUGCUCAUCGGACGACGAUCGAAACCACACCAGUGAUAUAAGCCCACAGCCUUGAUAUGGGUAAGGAUACAUGUAUUUUUGAAAAGCUAGCGGCCUACACUCCUUAAAUGUGAAUGACAUUUUCCACCUAACUGCAGCUGCAUGUACAGUAAUAACAACCUUCAAUCACCUACCCGGAAAUUACGAAAGUAAUUAGAAUACUUUGGAAUAUAAUAAAUGAUCAAUGCCGGACUGAGAUUCAGUUUGCAGAAUGGCCCUAAUAAGGUCAGAUUGACGUUUUAGAAUGCAGUAUCGAGGUACAGUCUGCUAUUUGUAACAUUGCAUGGUUUUAUGUGACAAUGUCAUGUUUUCAUCCAGUUGGUUUAGGACCUUGAUGUCCAGUACAAUCGCAUAGGUACUCCACUAUAGGUGUUGUUGUCAUACUAUUUUGAUAGGGCGACCAAUUGUAAAUUCAGACAUGAUAUUCAUCUUUGCAUUUUAUUUUGUUGAAUGUUUUGGAAUUUGUGUGGAUAUAGCCUAUAACACUAAUGUAAUUGUGUCAUAUACUGUUAACGUGCAGAAAAAUGUCCUUUGUUUAUUUUUGUAUACUGUAUUUAUAAAAUGGCUAUACCGAUGCAUGCUAAAUUAUUGUCUCCCAUGAUAGCCU